AUGUCGGCUCUCCCGCCUAGCACAUUCAGCGGUGGUCAGGGUAAAACGCCUUCAACCUAUUCGUGCGAUUCGUCUUCCGACACAGGGUCUACGAUGAAGAGGUUUUCUGAAGACUUCAUCGAAAAAUCACGAGCGCAGCAAGCCCAAGCUGAUUCCGCAUUGAGCUACGUUGACUCACCACCCGCAGACCUCCUGGCAGAUCCUGAUUUCAACGAAGGCCGUCGAUCGCGUCUUAUUGAGGAGGCUCGACGAGCCAGGCUAUGGAUGGAAGAACAGCAGAAAGAAGCCGUGCAUAAGGCUAGAGAAGAAAUGGAAGCAAAGAUAUCUGCACCCCGGGAGACGAACAAUCCCGAAGAAGGAUCUAAAUCGAAGAGGGAACGCAACCGCGGAAAAGCAAGUCGCAGCAGCCAGAGUGGGAAUGUGGCAACUCAACAACCCGCCAAUUCACAGCAACAGCCAGUGUCUGGUGGUCCAAUCCAGCCCGACUCCGGUCUCCAAAGGCAGUCAAACCUUCGAGCUGUUCAGCCGGUGCCCGUGGUUCUCAGUCCGACUGGCGAAAAUCUGCACCACACGGCGCGCUGCACAGGUCGACGGUCGCGCAACCCGCCUGUACAGGUCCUCGCCCGAGAGUCUCAGGAACCGUCCAACUCACCGGGAAGCACCUUCGUCUUGUAUGGUCGGGACUUGCAAGAUUCCCAUUUUCUACUGAGAGCUGGACCAUACAAUGUGCGACUGGAGCCGGCACCGCUGGCACCGACAUGGUCUCAGGCUCACGGAACUUCUGAUAGUCUACUAUCCACAGCAAGCACGGCUUCAGAUGCUCAGACUUGUCUGUCACCGCCUUCUAGCUUGGUACCUCAUUCUCUUUCUGCCUCAUGCCCCGUCAACGCAGGAGCCGCAAGCAGCCUCGUCCCAGGCGACGAGGAUAUCGUCCGGCGAGGCCCACCAUUCUUCGCGCCGACUCGAGCUGCCGAGGCAGAACGUCAAUCACAAGCACAGCACACACGCCACGAUCUGAAUUUACAGCAAGAGAUAGCCUGGGAACGAGACGCACUGUGGAGAAUUCUGAGACAGCACUUUGGCGUGGGCGAUUGGCAAAUUCGAGCAUUGUUGGAAAACGAAAAGAACGGGCGGGGGGAUACGGAGUGGACUUAUUUGUGA